CUAGUACAUCCUGGUCUUUCACAUACCAGCACUGCAGUAUGACUUGGUGACAUGGCGAAUCCCAUAAGUGCAGUACAUGCUGGUGCGGGUGGUGAGCACAAGUAUUGUCCCGCAGCCACCAAGAAUUCGCACACAGGCCCGUAGAGCCCCUAGUAUCCUUCUGGAUGUGCUUGCAAAUCCCAAUUGGCAGCCCACAAAUUCUGCAGCACACAUACUUCCCACAUUCACUGACCAACCUGGAAUUCAGGUGGAAACAGCAAAUUUAAAUACCCCCCUUGAUGUUUUUUGGAGCUGUUUUUCACAGAAGAUCUGUAUGCAUUGAUUGUGGAUCAAAGCAAUUUAUAUGCACAAUUUAUCGCCGCCAACCCAAAUUCAAACCUUGAAAGACCAUUCGCAUGGAAAACUAUCAGUUUCCAAAUUUAAAACUUUUUUGGGCCUAACCCUCAACAUGGGCAUUACAAAAAAUAAUGAA